GUCAUAAUAAACAAGACAUAGUCCAUUAACCUCAAAAUUUAAAAUGUCAAUAUCUUAAAUAAUAAAUAAUCUUAUUAAAAUGACUUCUCACGGAAAAUUAGAAACCGAAAAACUCAAGGAAAAUUUGGAGAAGCAACUAGACAGACUAGUCGAACAAUUACAGGAUUUAGAAAAUUGCAAGGAUGAUUUAGAUAAGGACGAGUACGAAGAAAUUAAAAACGAUACAAACGAACAAUUACUGGAAUUGAACAACAGCUUGAACAAAUUAGUCAAGGGAGAUAUUUCGCUUAUCAGUGCAUUGGGUGCAGUCCAACUUGCUACUCAAGCAGCUAUAUCAAAAGCAUUCAAAACCCCUGAGGUUAUAAGACUGUUUGGGAAAAAAGAACCGAAGCAAUUGAGGGAAAGGUUGUUUUUAAUCGAUGAAGAAGUGAAACGAAACAAAUUGAGCGAAGAAGCCAGAGAUAGACAAAAAGCCGAAAUAUUGAUAGCAUUGAGACAACUGAACGAACAACUGACGACAGAUGAACUGAGAUUUUUGGAAAAGCACAAUCAUAUAGCCAAAGCCUUUUUGGAAUGCAAUUUCAUUGAAGUAGAAGAUGAUUAAGUAGAUAUUUGUUCGCUUUUAUACUUUUAAAACAAGUAAAUGUAACAAAACAAUUUUGAUAAUGCAACAUUUUUUUUUGUAUGCUUUCUACUUAAUGUAACGAAAAUUUUGGAAAAUAUAUUGUUUU